AGAAGAAAUUAAUCGAGCAGCAUAAAAUAAAAAAGCACACACUCAGAGAGAGAGAGAGAUGGCAGCCAUUUGGAGAAGAAAGGAGUGUGGAAACGCCACUAUUCUCAUAAUCGCAAUCGAGUAACCGCGUGUGUGUGCGUGAGAGAGAGAGAGAGAGAGAGAGAGGUGGGCUGAUCUUAUGCAACUGUAAGCGUGAAGCUAAACACGCAUGAAAGAGAAAAAAAUGAGACAAGAAGAUGGCGAUGGGGAGGAGAUAAAGACGGUGCAGGAGCAGUGGAGAUGGUCCGAACUGCAAGGCGUCGAGCUCGUCGUCUCAUCUCACUCCGACACCUCGCCGCCGCCCAACCUCAACAACUCCAACGCUUCAUCGUCAGCUGCCAAUCCUAACCCGCCGUCAAUGGAGCCCGACGGCGGCGGCGAACCGGAAAAAAAAGGUUCGCCGCCGCCCUCCGUCGCGUUCCGCGAGCUCUUCCGGUUCGCAGACCGGCUCGAUUACGCGCUGAUGACAAUUGGCACAGUUGGCGCGAUCGUUCAUGGCAGCUCCUUGCCUCUGUUUCUCCGAUUCUUCGCCGAUCUCGUUAAUUCCUUCGGCUCCAAUGCCGAUAAUGUCGAUAAGAUGUCGCAGGAGGUGUUGAAGUAUGCAUUUUACUUUCUUGUAGUUGGAGCUGCUAUUUGGGCAUCUUCAUGGGCAGAGAUAUCAUGUUGGAUGUGGAGUGGAGAGAGACAAUCAACAAAGAUGAGGAUCGAAUACUUGGAGGCUGCUCUGAACCAAGACAUUCAGUUUUUCGACACCGAGGUUCGCACAUCCGACGUCGUUUUCGCUAUCAACACCGAUGCAGUGAUGGUUCAAGACGCCAUUAGUGAGAAGUUGGGGAAUUUCUUGCAUUACAUGGCAACGUUUGUGUCUGGAUUUGUGGUGGGAUUCUCUGCAGUGUGGCAGCUAGCUCUGGUCACUCUUGCUGUAGUUCCUCUCAUAGCUGUGAUCGGAGCCAUUCACACAAUCACACUAGCUAAGCUCUCUGGCAAAAGCCAAGAAGCUCUGUCACAAGCUGGAAACAUUGCUGAACAGACACUAGUCCAAAUUCGAACGGUGUUGGCAUUCGUGGGUGAAUCGAGGGCGUUGCAGGACUACUCUGCAGCCCUCAAGGUGUCCCAGAGGAUCGGUUACAAGAGUGGAUUUUCAAAGGGGAUGGGAUUGGGAGCUACUUAUUUCACUGUGUUUUGUUGCUAUGCUCUCCUCCUGUGGUAUGGAGGCUAUUUGGUUAGGCACCAUUACACAAAUGGAGGUCUAGCAAUCGCAACAAUGUUUGCAGUCAUGAUUGGUGGGCUGGCUUUAGGCCAGUCUGCUCCAAGCAUGGCUGCAUUUGCCAAGGCAAGAGUUGCAGCUGCUAAAAUCUUCCGUAUGAUCGACCACAAACCGGCCGUUGAAAGAAACAACGACGGGGUCGAGUUGGAGUCCAUAACAGGGCAGGUGGAGCUUAGAAACAUCGAUUUUGCCUACCCUUCACGGCCGGAGAAUCUAGUUCUCAACAACUUCUCUCUCACUGUUCCGGCGGGCAAGACUAUCGCCUUGGUCGGCAGCAGCGGCUCCGGGAAGAGCACGGUGGUGUCCCUCAUCGAGAGAUUCUACGACCCUGCCUCAGGCCAAAUUUCGCUUGAUGGACAUGAUAUAAAGACAUUGAAGUUGAGAUGGUUGAGGCAGCAAAUUGGUCUGGUGAGCCAAGAACCGGCACUCUUUGCCACCACAAUCAAAGAAAACAUAUUGUUGGGAAGGCCAGACGCGAGUUUAGUCGAAAUAGAAGAAGCUUCUAGAGUCGCCAAUGCUCAUUCAUUCAUUGUCAAGCUUCCAGAUGGAUAUGACACUCAGGUAGGGGAGAGGGGACUGCAGCUUUCAGGUGGACAGAAGCAGAGAAUAGCUAUAGCAAGGGCAAUGCUCAAGAAUCCAGCCAUCUUGCUCUUGGAUGAGGCAACUAGUGCAUUAGAUUCCGAAUCGGAGAAGCUGGUGCAAGAAGCGCUCGAUCGUUUCAUGAUUGGGAGGACUACUCUAGUGAUCGCCCACCGCCUCUCCACCAUCCGGAAAGCUGAUCUCGUGGCCGUGCUGCAGCAGGGCAGCGUGUCUGAAAUCGGGGCACAUGACGAGCUCAUUGCCAGAGGCCAAAAUGGUCUCUAUGCAAAGCUUAUAAGAAUGCAAGAAGCAGCUCAUGAAGCUGCUGUCAACAGUGCCAGAAAGAGUAGUGCAAGGCCUUCUAGUGCAAGAAACUCUGUGAGCUCACCUAUCAUCACCAGGAAUUCUUCGUAUGGCAGAUCGCCUUACUCGCGAAGAUUGUCGGACUUCUCCACCUCGGACUUGAGCAUGUCGAUAGAUGCAGCAUAUCCCAACUACAGGGCGGAGAAGCUUGCAUUCAAAGAGCAAGCUAGCUCAUUCUUGAGGCUAGCAAAGAUGAAUUCACCUGAGUGGGGCUACGCCUUGGUUGGUUCAAUAGGGUCCGUGGUCUGUGGCUCUCUGAGCGCACUAUUUGCGUAUGUGCUGAGUGCGGUGCUUAGUGUCUACUACAAUCCAGAUCAUGCUUAUAUGAUAAGGCAGAUUGCAAAAUACUGCUACCUUCUGAUAGGGGUGUCAUCUGCUGCACUGAUCUUCAACACAUUGCAGCAUCUCUUCUGGGACGUGGUGGGGGAGAACUUGACAAAACGCGUUAGGGAGAAGAUGCUGGCUGCCGUGCUGAAGAAUGAGAUGGCGUGGUUUGAUGAAGAAGGGAACGAGAGCUCUAGAGUUGCAGCGCGGCUGGCUCUUGACGCCAACAAUGUUAGAUCAGCCAUUGGUGAUAGGAUCUCUGUAAUUAUGCAGAACUCUGCCCUCAUGCUUGUGGCCUGCACUGCCGGCUUCGUGCUGCAAUGGCGCCUCGCCCUCGUCCUCAUCGCCGUCUUCCCCGUUGUCGUUGCAGCCACAGUGUUACAGAAAAUGUUUAUGAGUGGAUUUUCUGGAGAUUUAGAGGCAGCUCAUGCCAAGGCCACACAGCUAGCAGGGGAAGCAGUGAGCAAUAUGAGAACUGUGGCUGCAUUCAACUCAGAGAUGAAGAUGGUGGGCCUAUUCAUCAGCAGCCUCGAGCCACCGCUGCGCCGUUGCUUCUGGAAGGGCCAGAUAGCCGGCACUGGCUACGGGCUGGCCCAGUUCGCCCUCUACGCCUCCUACGCCCUCGGCCUCUGGUACGCCUCGUGGCUCGUCAAGCACGGGAUCUCCGACUUCUCGAGCACCAUCCGCGUCUUCAUGGUCCUCAUGGUCUCCGCCAAUGGGGCCGCGGAGACCCUCACGCUUGCCCCGGACUUCAUCAAGGGCGGGCGCGCAAUGCGCUCUGUCUUCGCCCUCCUAGACCGCCGGACUCAGAUCGAGCCCGACGACCCCGAGGGCGUCCCCGCCCCGGAGUCAAUCCGGGGUGAGAUCGAGUUGAAGCAUGUGGACUUCUGCUAUCCCAACCGGCCCCACGUCUCGGUCCUCGGGGACCUCAACCUCCGGGCCCGGGCCGGCAAGACACUCGCCCUCGUGGGCCCCAGCGGCUCGGGGAAGAGCUCGGUCCUCGCUCUCAUCCUCCGAUUCUACGAGCCCAACUCGGGCCGCGUCCUCAUCGACGGGAAGGACAUCCGGAAGUACAACCUGAAGUCCCUGAGGCGCCACAUUGCCUUGGUGCAGCAAGAGCCCUGCCUCUUCGCCACCACGAUCUACGACAACAUCGCCUAUGGCCGCGAGCCGGCCGCGACAGAAUCCGAGGUGGUCGAGGCGGCCACAUUGGCCAACGCCCACAAGUUCAUAUCAGCACUGCCCGACGGCUACAGGACGCACGUUGGGGAGCGAGGGUGCCAGCUGUCGGGCGGGCAGAAGCAGCGGAUCGCCAUUGCGCGAGCCUUCCUGAGGAAGGCGGCGGUGAUGCUGCUGGACGAGGCCACAAGCGCGCUGGACGCUGAGUCGGAGAGGUGCGUGCAGGAGGCUCUCGGGCGCGCCUGCACGGGGAAGACGACAAUCGUGGUGGCGCAUAGGCUUUCCACGGUUAGAAAUGCACAUGUGAUUGCAGUUCUUGAAGAGGGGAAGGUGGCUGAGCAAGGCUCACAUUCGCAUCUCUUGAAAAACUAUGGAGAUGGGAUAUAUGCUCGCAUGAUACAGCUGCAGAGGCUCACAAUCUCAAACACUUCCUAGUACACAAUCUCAAACACUUCUAAUCUUUUUAUUAAUUCUUGCUCUUUCUUUUUUUGGUUUACACUUUCUUGUGUAGUUUAGCUUGUGUAUUACCUUAUAUAGUGUUUUUUUUCUUUUCUUUCUGUGCCAUUGGAUCUAUUUAUGAAGCUAGAAUUUGCAAUGCAAGAUGAAUAUACAAGAAAUUUGAACUCAUUAUUGGCAA